AUGAGCACCUUGCUGGCUCAGAUGGCAUCUCUAGCCCCGGUUCUGCAGACGGUGGUGGCAGCGAUGGAUGGGACCUACACCUGCCCGGUGGAGACCCACUUCGGGUUCCAAAUGCUCAGCACCAGGAUCUGCAGCAGGCUGUGGAAAGCAGACGACACCCAGCUGUCUACGGAAGUGGUGCCUGGUGGCUCAGGUGGAUCCAAGUACAUGCUGGUCAGUCUACUGAGCCACAUCCGCUCCUCUACAUCCUCAGACGAACCACCAAAGACGCCAAGCACCACUAAAUUAGGAACUUGGGAGAAGGUUUGCCCCGGUCAGGAUCUCACCACUGGCACCAACAUACCUGCCGAUCAGAACAAUCCUUCAGCUGACCAGCAGGAGUCCCAAGGCAGUUCUCCUCCUUCCCAAUUGGUGGGUAAAAGGAAGACUCUGCUAGUGCUUCAAGGGGAGUCCCGGAUCAAGACCAAGCAGGUGGUGAAGACUGUGACCAGCGGCAUUCAGGAGAGGAGUGUGGGCAAUACAUUUCUGACCGAGCAGAUCUGUAAGGAGGCUCCACCACCAGGGGAGGAGAUAGACAGGAUGCUGAGCAAGAGAGGGUCGCCAUCACUCCGCAGAAAGUGCUCCAAUGCGUUGGAGCUGACCUGCAGCUGGAAGGAGAAGGAGCGGAAUGUACCGUCAGAGGGAGAAUUUGGAGAUGGGCGCACCUGCAGCGUGGACACAGAGGAUAGUCGGUACUCUGAGGCAGAGGAAAGGGCCCUUGAGGCGGAGAGCGGCCAAGGUAACCCUGGACAGAUAGACAGCACUGAAGCUGGACAGACAAACAGCACUGAAGCUGGACAGACAGACAGCUCUAAACCUGGACAGACAGACAGCUCUAAACCUGGACAGACAGACACCUCUAAACCUGUAAAGACAGAUAGCACUGAGUCAUCCAGGGAGGCCAAGCAGAGGGACAAUGACAGCGUCUCACCGAAAGGGAAAAUUGAGUCAUGGGUGAGGGUCAAAAUACCCUCCAUCUCAGUGGGCAGAAAGGAGUUGGAUGACGCCAACAGGAUCAACGCUCUCUCAAGGAAGUACAGUGCCGUGGGCGAUCUGAAGAGCCGCUGGCAGAACUGGUCCUCGACGCACACCGUCAACCAGAAGCUCAACCCCUUCAGUGAGGACUUUGACUAUGAAUACUCCAUGUCCCUACGCCUCCGCAAGGGCGAGGAGGGUUACGGACGUCCCAAAGAAGGCACAAAAACAGCCGAACGGGCCAGGCGAGCCGAGCAACACAUCCACGGUGAGAUAGCCGACAUGUGCUAUGUGAUCAGAACUAUGAAUGACCCAGAUCCGGACGGGAAGACCCGCGUCACUUUCAGAGAACUGUUUGAUAGAUACGUACGCAUCUCUGACAAGGUGGUGGGGAUUCUUCUGAGAGCCAGGAGGCAUGGGAAGGUGGCGUUCAAGGGGGAGAUGCUGUGGCAAGGGCAGGAUGAUGGUGUUAUCAUCACCCUGUUGGUGUGACGUCAUCUGCGGUGGAACCAUACAGAACUAAGGAGACAUAAGUCCUUUUUAACAUUGAAUGAUUAUGCGCUGAUAGAUGUGGCUAUGUUUCUCAAUAGGAACUUAGACAAUUUGCUGCUAUGGUUUACUGAAGAUUUGAUAUCAGUAUCUAACUCAAAAUUAUAUGUUAUUUUGUUGCUUACAGCUUUUACUAGCUUUUAAAGAACAGUUUUCUAUGUCUUUAUGUUAUAUCUGAACUCAUGAAUCAUGUUAGAACAUGUAUUAAUAUAUGCCUAAUAAAUAGCUUCUUUGACUUGAGGAACAUUGUGUAGUUUAAACAGGGAUUGAGUUUCAUGAUGCACAGCACACGCCAACUCUGAUGAGAUUUAGGAGACAUGAAAUCUGAGACACACCAUGCAGGGAAGGCUGGUGGGAGGAGCUAUAGGAGGACUUGUCAUUGUAAUGGCUGGAAUGGAAUCAAUGGAAUGGUAACAAACACAUGGAAACUACGUGUUGGACUCCAUUCCAUUUAUUCCAUUCCAGCCUUUACAAUUACCCUGUACUCCUAUAGCUCCUCCCACCAGCCCCCUCUGAUGCCAUGUAUUGUGUGCCUGACAGAGCUGAACUGCGUUUAGACAGGCAGCCCAAUUGUGAUGUUAUUUUCAAUAAUCAGAUCAGCUCUGAAAAAGAUCUGAUGGGAGAAGAUCUCAUGUGAUUGGUCAAAAGACCAAUUAGUGGAAAAAAGAUCAGAAUGGGGUUGCCUGUGUGAACGCAGCCCGUGUGAACAUGUUUGACCUCCAUGUCUGAUACCUCAUCGGAUCCCUAAGUCUAAAAUACACUUGAUACUGUAUUAAUCAACAAAACUUGGUGUCAGUUUACGGUCUCUGAUAUGGAUUGUCCACUUUUAUUUGAAUAACCAUACUUUCUAUUUGUCAAUCUAUUCAUUUGAAUGUAAUUCUUAUGAAGGGAGUUACAUCCUGGGACUUUGUCGAUGAGUAAACUCUUAAUAACCGUGGCCCAAACCUAAAAACAAGUAGAGUUCACCUAACAUUACAUAAUUUCCUCGCAAAUGACACAAGACAUAAUCUGUGAACUUCUUACUAACAACACAUCAAUGCUCUUAUCACGUUGGACAACAUUCUUCCUAAUCGAGACAUCAAACAAUUUGCUCACAUGUUGUAUUUUUGGGAGAAAGGACAAUUCAUUAAAUUAUCUAAAAUCUAUUGAGUUGAUGAGGAGUCAUGAUUAUGUCAUCAUCAUUAAAUAAUGUUCUGCUUACUGAAAAUGCAUGGCCUACCUGUAACAGAUACACUAUGUACUGUUUGUGUAUGUUUCUUCCUAUUGAUGGCAUUUAUUUGAGAUGUAUUUCGUUUUUAUGUUAUAAUCCUGUGUAUACACUACUGGUCAAAAGUUUGGACACGUCUACUCAUUCAAGGGUUUUCUUUAUUUUUGUAACUAUUUUAUACACUGUAGAAUAAUAGCGAAGACCUCAAAACUAUGAAAUAAAACAUAUGGAAUCAUGUAGUAACCAAAAAAUAUUCAAAUAUACUUCAUGACAACUUUGCCUUGUUAAAAGUUAAUUUUGUGGAAUUUCUUUCCUUCUUAAUGUGUUUGAGCCAAUCAGUUGUGUUGUGACAAGGUGUGGGGGGGGGGUACAAAUAAAGGAAAACCCUUGAAUGAGUAGGUGUUCUACAUUUUUGACCGGUAAAGUAUUAUGUUUUCGUGUAUUUUCAAGCGGACCAUAAUUGAAAUAACUAACUUUUUUGUGUCAUCCUUGAUUAUUUUAAUGUCAUUGUACUGUAUCAAAAAGGGGGGUUAUAUUGUGUUUAAAAUGGUAAAAUAAAUCAAAUAGAAUAAAUAUUACAGGAAUGUAAUAAUUUAAAUGUA